AUGUCUGAAUUUAAAGUGAAAGCUGGCCUGGCCCAGAUGUUGAAAGGUGGUGUCAUCAUGGAUGUCGUCACUGCCGAACAAGCAGUUAUUGCUGAGAAAGCCGGUGCUUGUGCUGUUAUGGCUUUGGAAAAGAUUCCUGCAGACAUGAGAAAAUCAGGUCAAGUGUGUCGUAUGUCUGACCCUAAGAUGAUAAAAGAGAUCAUGGAGGCCGUGUCUAUCCCAGUGAUGGCUAAAGUCCGUAUCGGACAUUUUGUUGAAGCGCAAAUUCUAGAAGAGCUUGAGGUCGACUAUAUCGAUGAAAGUGAAGUCUUGACUCCGGCUGACUGGUCUAAACAUAUUCGUAAAGAUGAAUUCAAAGUUCCAUUCGUUUGUGGUGCCAAGGAUCUAGGUGAAGCGUUAAGAAGGAUUAAUGAAGGUGCUGCUAUGAUCCGUACCAAGGGAGAGGCAGGUACUGGGGAUAUUUCUGAGGCUGUCAAACAUAUAUCUAAGAUUAGAGGUCAAAUUGAAGAAUUUCAACCACUGUUAAAGGAUGUUGCCGGGUUAAAAGCAAAGGCAGAGGAAUUGAGAAUCCCAAUCGAUUUGCUAAAGACCACAUUAGAAAAUGGUAAAUUACCUGUAGUCAAUUUUGCUGCAGGUGGUGUUGCUACUCCUGCAGAUGCAGCAUUGUUAAUGCAAUUGGGGUGUGAAGGUAUUUUUGUGGGUUCUGGUAUCUUUAAAUCCUCGAACCCUGAAAAAGUAGCUCGUUCUAUUGUUGAAGCAACCACUCAUUUCAACAACUCAGCAAAAUUGUUAGAGGUAUCUACCGAUUUAGGUGAUACGAUGGGUGGUGUAGCAAUUGAAUCCAUAAAAGGAUCUAGAUUGGCCGAAAUUGGUGUUUAA